AUGGUCGCACAGCUCCAUGCUGGACACUCGGACGACACCUCGAUGGACGGCAUGAGCAUGGGCAUGGACAACAGCACCACCGCCGCCAUGAUGCACACCGCCUUCACCAUCUCGCUCGGCUCGGCCAACCUGUGGUUCGAGGGCUGGACGCCCACCUCGCCCGCCGCGACCUUUGGCGCCUGCCUCGGCCUCUUCUUCCUCGCCGUCCUGUCGCGCGUCCUCGCCGCCGUCAAGGUCUGCGCCGAGACCGCGUGGGCCGCCUCGCUCGCCCACCACCGCGCGCGUCGAGGCCCCAUCUCGCUCCCCGCCGACGCCGACGCCGGCUCGAACGCGCUCCAGGACCAGGACGACGACAAGGCGUCGCAGCUCGACCCGGUCGCCGCGCCGUCGUACCCUUCCUCGACCGCCGCCUCGCCGUCGAGCCCCUCACGAGGCCUCUCGUCGCCCGCCCUGUACUCGCCUCCCUUCCUCCUCGCCAUCGACCUCCCUCGCGCCCUUCUCCUCGGCCUGCAAGCCUUUGUCGCCUACCUCGUCAUGCUCGGCGUCAUGACCUACAACGCCUACUUCUUCGUCGCCAUCCUCGUCGGCUUGAUGGCGGGCGAGCUCGCCGUCGGGCGGUACGUCGCCGCGUUCGGCGGGGCGGGCGCGGCGCAUGGUGGACACGGCGAGGGGUGGCUGCACGGAUAG